CACCAAAAGCUCUCACCAAACACCAUCGCGAUGAAUCUCAGCCGUCCGAUCUGGUGGGCCCACACUUCCCCCGACUUUGUUCAGUUUGGAGUUGCGACACUGACAUGUGGGCCCCACUUUUACUAUGGCCCACACGUCAGUGACACAACGGCAAGCUGCACAAGGGUCAGGCGAUCUCGUCUCCGCGAGUUCGCUCGCGACCGCUUCCGAGAUCCGUUCAACCCCGAUCUACGCCGCCGAGAACCUCGCCGGCGGCGACGACGACGAGCACCUCGCCGGCGGCGGAAGGCGAUGAUGCCUGUACGCACGUACCACCACCACCACCACCACAACAACAGCAACAACCAUCGGCUACGCCGCAUCAUCCCCCGAGUCCUCCUCGCCGUCUUCGCCAUCUACGCCGUCUCGUUCGCGGCGUACCUCCUCCGCCACCAGUCGCCGCACCCGCACCCGCACCCUGCCGCUGACCCCGAGCGCGACGCCGUGGACGCAGCCGGAGGAGGCGGAGGAGGAGGAGCCGUGGACCGUGUGCGGGUAGAAGCGCCGUCCUCGCAGAAGCCAUGGCCUCGCCUCCCCUCCUUCCUCCCGUGGACGUCCGCCUCCGUUCGGCCGCCGCCGAAGCACUCCUGUGAGGGGUACUUCGGGAACGGGUUCUCCCGCCUCGUGGACGUGCUCCCCGCGCGGGGCGGCGGCGGCGGCGGGUGGUUCCGGUGCCACCACAGCGAGACGCUGCGCAGCUCGAUCUGCGAGGGCGGGAGGGUGCGGCUCGACCCGGGGCUCAUCGCGAUGUCGCGCGGCGGCGAGCCGCUCGACCAGGUGAUGGGCCGCGCCGAGGAGGAGGAGCUGCCCAAGUACGAGCCCGGCGCGCUGCAGGUGGAGGCGGCGGCGAAGAGGACGGGGCCGUUGGUGGAAGCGGGGUUCCUCGACGCCUACGUGCCCACCGGCGGGAUCGGGAUGCACACGAUGAGGUCGCUGCUCGACUCGGGGCGCGUCGUGCCGCCCGGCGAGCUACACUGCUCGCAGUGGGUUGAAGAACCAACACUUCUAGUAACUCGUUUUGAAUAUGCAAACCUUUUCCACACAAUUACGGACUGGUACAGUGCAUAUGUCAGUUCCAGAGUCACGGAUUUACCUAACCGCCCUAAUGUGGUCUUUGUGGAUGGACAUUGCAAGGCACAACUGGAGCAAACAUGGGAAGCACUUUUCUCAAAUGUGACAUAUGUUAAGAAUUUCUCUGGCCCUGUUUGUUUUCGACAUGCAAUUCUUUCACCAUUGGGCUAUGAGACUGCGCUAUUUAAGGGCCUUAGUGAGAGCUUUAGCUGCGAAGGUGCUUCUGCGGAGUCCCUCAGAGAAAAGCCUGAUCACCAGAAAACGGCAAGGUUGUCUGAAUUUGGUGAGAUGAUUUUAGCUUCUUUUGAUCUUCUGAGGGAUGACAUACUGUCAUCCAAAACAUCAAAUGGGCUCAAUGUUCUCUUUGUUCGGCGAGAGGACUACUUGGCCCAUCCACGCCACAGUGGAAAGGUUGAAUCUAGACUAAGCAAUGAGAAGGAGGUAUAUGAUGCAAUUGAGGGCUGGGCAAAAGGUCAGAAAUGCAAAAUAAAUGUCAUCAAUGGUCUUUUUGCCCACAUGAACAUGAAGGAGCAACUGCGUGCUAUACAGGAAGCUUCAGUAGUAAUAGGGGCACAUGGGGCUGGUCUAACUCACUUGGUUUCAGCUACCCCAGAUACAAAAGUCCUUGAAAUCAUCAGCAGCAUGUAUCGACGCCCACAUUUUGCAUUGAUCUCACACUGGAAGAGCUUAGAGUAUCAUGCCAUAAAUCUCCCUGGAUCAUAUGCAAGGGUAACAGAUGUUAUCAAUGAGUUGAGUAAUAUACUGAAAGGUUUUGGAUGCUGAGACAGAGCUAGGUAUUCAUCAGGAAAGUCACCAUACUAACAACACAAAUGCUUACAAUUUCAAUGGAUGGGAAGGAGGUUAUUUGCAUCUGUGAUCUGUGAACUGAUGCAUUACCAGGGCUCAUCACUUCAUCGGAGGAAUUUUUAUGCUGCCAAAUGCAGAGAGAGAUUGUGCUGACAAGUGACAAUCUUUAAUCUGCAUAUCGUGUGGAACAAGAAGGCAAUCCUUCCCCCCUUCCUGACAUCAGCCGACGACAUGAAAACCAAUCCAUGCUGCGCACACUUUUCUACCAUGAAUUCAUGGUCUUGAGGACCGAUCCUCAAACUGUAAUUGUAAUUCAUCAUUUGGGACAUUCGGCGACAAUUCUUGUAUGUUAAUGCAUAAUGUUGAGUGCUUCUCCCCCACUGUUCAUAUAUGUUGAAAAACUUGCCCAAUGGGGCAUGGCAAUUGACCAAGUGUCAUGCCCUUCCUA